AUGAAGAAACGUAGCGAACACACAAUCUUCAUCAGCGGUAUAGAUACGAAUAUAGGAAAGACUUAUGCCACUGCCUAUCUUAUCAAAAAGCUAAGAGCGGAAGGCUUUCGCUGUACCUCUCAGAAGAUGAUACAGACUGGAAAUAAAGAUUAUUCCGAAGAUAUUCAGAAACAUAGAGAGCUACUUGGCGAAAAGCUUCAGGAAGAAGACCUCAACAGAACGACAGCCCCUAUUAUACUUUCCUAUCCAGCUUCGCCCCAUCUAGCGGCAAAGCUGGAUCAAGUAAGCGUUGAUCUUAACAAACUCAAUCAAGCAACCAACAUAUUGCUAAAUGAUUAUGAUUAUGAUUUUGUGCUAUUAGAAGGCGCAGGAGGACUAAUGGUUCCGAUAAGAGAAGAUUAUCUAACACUUAACUUUAUUCAAGAAGAAGCCUAUCCCCUAGCCCUAGUUACCUCAGGUCGUUUGGGAAGCCUGAAUCAUACGCUACUAAGUUUGGAAGUCUGUAAGCUACGUCAGUUGGAAGUACGCUACCUCAUUUAUAACCAUUACCCUAAAGUGGAUGGCAUCAUAGAGACUGAUAGCCUAAACUACCUUUCUCUGUAUCUAGAAAAGCAUUUUCCUGAGACUAAGCUCCUUGAACUAGAACUUAUUGAUUAA